AUGGAAGGAGCUCUUGCUAAUCAACGGCCAUCCACAUCGAUUAGUGUCCCGCGUCGAUUGUCAUCGAAGCGAUCGAGUCGCAUACGGUUAGAUUCGUCCUCAACGACCGAAGAUGGAAGACCCGAUCUUCUUCUUUCACAAUCAAUGGAUGAUGUAGCCGUGAAAAAUGCGCUUGGCUUUCUUGAGAAGUAUGAUAAAUUAGAAAUGUGUGAUUUACUUGCAUCCCGUGAUGCACAUUGGUUUCUGACCAGUGGAGAUGUUUACAAAGUAACUCUCUUUCGAGCACGAAUUGAUUUUCUAUUGUUUGUUUUUGUUGUCGAGGUGCCAAGUGAACUUCCUAAUGGUUUAGUUCGACAAUUACAACCUUUUAAUGACUCUUACAUCGAUGUUCUAUUUCCUGUUGAUGAGAGUGUUGCACAUCUAGACGUUCGUGAAAUUCAUCAAUUAUUACGUGAAUUAACAAUCGGUGUCUAUUCACUCAACGCACAUCCAGUUCUAAGUCUCGAAGCAAAUUUUGAUGUUAGUUCAACAUGUCAAAUGCCGACAGCUUAUAUUGAUACUCGUUUGGGACAGAUCAUGAUCAAUUGUGAUUCUUGGCUUAAAUCAGUUUGGCAUGGGAUUUUCAUGCCAAGAGAAAAACGAAGUAAAUUCGCUGACCGCUGGCGUCAUUUCUCUGAUCCGACGUGUACACGUUCGUUACCUAACGAAUAUGAAAUUGGAGGAUUACAAGAACUAAGUCAAGACACUGAUUAUGCCGAUGCGAAGAAAGCAUUUUGUCCUGAAGUUAAAUCUGAAGAACAAGUCGCAUCAGAUGAACAAUUUCUGCUCUCCUUUAUCGACGAUUUAUCUAUGGUCUUAACCUUAUAUUCUGAUGAAUUAUCUCAAUGGAAGAACUGUUUGAUGUUUCAUGGAAAUCAUAUCAUACAAUCUCAAGUGAAAGCAACACAAGAUAGACUAGAUAAUCAACAACUUCAACGAUUGAAAGCUCUACUUCAAGUACAUGAAAAGUAUCUUCGAAAGACAUUUUCAUUGAAAAGUGAAGUUAGAAAAUAUAUUUAUCUUCUCGAACUUGUCUGCUUCUUAUUUACCAUUCUGAUCGCUUUGAAACGGCGAAUGAAGAAAAUUCCGAACAUGAAUCGAUUACUGCCAAUGCUUACUGGAGAUGAAGUCCGUACUGAACGCGAACUUCCACCAUUUAUUUAUUACAAAAAUUCCGCAUCAAAAAAUAUAUUUCCAAUUGAAAGUGAAACCAUGUUUCAUUUACACGGUGGUAUCCAGUUUGAAUAUGAAACGGCAGCAUUAAAUGACAAACUUCCUCAACUAUUGAACGGCAAAAGUCCAGGACUGUUGGACGCAUCGCGACAACUUCUGUACGGGUACUUAGACUUGUCAAAUACACCAUUGAAUGAAGAAUAUCAUCUACCAAUUGUAGAGAUCGAUGGAAAAAAAUAUUAUCAUUUGGUUAUUGAUAUUGAACCGUACUAUGGCUUACAUCCGAUAUGGUUGCGUGUUAUUCAAAGGCCGUUAGAAGAUGCUGCAAAGAAAAAGUUUCUGAAUGAAACAGUUAUUUAUGAGACUUAUAAGAAAUAUUUUGGUCGAAAGAAAGCAACAAAUUACAAAAAUCCUGAACAUGGCUUACGAGCUUCUGCUCAGCGAGGUCUCACCUGUAUUUUCCAGGCGUUGACACGUAAAACACCGGCAUCUGCUCUGAGCAAACCGAAUCAUCGCGAUGGUCUCACACUUUUACAUUAUGCUGCUAUCCAUAAUCGUCCAAUUAUUAUUGGUAUACUGUUACAAUUAGGUAUAGAUGUGAAUUCCAAAGCAGAAGUCAACUACACAGCUAUCGGUGGAACUCCAUUGCAUUCUGCUUGUCGUCAUGGAAGUCUCGAUGCUGCGUCAUGUUUGCUGGGAAAUAUGGCAGCAAUUCAACCCGAUCAUAUAGGAUGGACACCUAUUCAUCACGCUGCCUAUUGUGAUCAUGUACCACUUGUACGGCUUCUGUUUAACAAAUAUUCGGAAUUAUUAGAACAAACAACCAAGGACAGUCAUGAAUCUACUCCACUUUUAUUAUCAGCUACAUCAGGUGCAUUAGAUGCUUGCAAAUGCUUGGUUUUAUUGGGUGCCAAUAUUGCCUAUAAAGAUACAUCAUCACAUACAGUAAUACAUUUAGCUGUUAGUCAUGUACAUACAAAUAUCAUUGAAUAUUUCAUUCAAUUAAACGAUCCACUUGUACCGACAUGGCGAAUACUUGUUGAUUUAAUCACUCAUCCAGAUCUAGCUAUGAAACGAGCUCUAGCACAGUGUUUACAUGAGAUGACAACCCAUGGCAAAGAAUUUUGGUAUCCUCUGUUGGAAACAGGCGGUAUUAAACGACUGAUUACUUUACUUAAGAUGACUGACAAUAAUUUAUUACUAUUGGUUUUAUCUGUUCUGUGCAAUAUAUCAACCAAUAUUGAAGUCCGCGAAGAAAUCUCUAAUGCCGAUCAGGAUUUAAGUGAUACACUUUCAAAUCUGUUGAACUCCAAUGUCGAUGAGAUACGUUCCAAAGCAGCGAUCUUAAUAGCCGAUAUCUGCUUUAUUCCAUCCAAUCAAGAGCGUUUUCUUAAAUCAAAUGCGAUUACUGCAUUGUCCAAUAUGUUAAAUUCUUCGAUUGAAGAUGUUCUUGUCAAUGCCUGUAAUGCGAUUGAUUUACUUUGCCGUAAUAAUGAAUACAUGCAGAAUGAACUAGCUAAAUAUGGAAUUAUCAAACAAUUGACAGAUUUACUUUUACUCGACUCAAAAGUGUUGCAGGGAACCGUAUCUUCUGCAUUAGCAUCAAUGACAUAUGAUAAUCGAAAUAAUCAAAUGUUGGCAGCAUCGAUGGGAGCAUUGAAGCGAACAGUUGAUCUUAUGAAAGAUCGUGAAUUCGGUAUAAGAUAUAAAGCAGCAUUGGCCAUUGAAGCUCUGGCAAUGAACAAUGUUGAUAAUCAACGAGAGUUUCUAUCGAAAAAGCUUAGUACACAUAAACCAUUGAACGAAUUAAUGGAGAAAAUGUACUACGUUGGUGCUACCAUCCGCAGUUCUGGAGAAUGGUCAUUAGAAAUCCGUGAACAAGCUGCACUUUCCUUAUGGGCACUCGGUGGUCAAAUUAAAACUCAGCAACGCUCUGUUGCCGAAUGCAUUGGCAUACCACAAAUAGUAACAAUGUUAUUAUCACCAUCGGAAAAACUGCAGUACGUGGCAUUAAAUGCCAUCGUUGCUUUAACUGAAGAAGAUGAGCACAAUCAAAAAAGAUUAUAUAAUGAAAAUAUUCUGACACCACUGUUUCGAUUACUGAAACAAUAUGAUCAGUUAUCGCACCGAGUUCUACUCGUGCUGAUCCGAGUUUUCGGCGUACUGUGUAUAGGUGUGGCACUUGUACCAAAUACGUUGUUACAAAAUGCUGUAGUAGAAGAAGAUGUUAUGACUGUAACAAUACAUAUCUUGCUGAACACAGCAUUUAUCGAUGUUAAGGUUGAGUGCUGUUUGACUCUAUCAAAGAUUGUGCUAAAUAAUGGUGAAAAUCAGCAACAUUUAUCGCAUGCAUUCGACAUUGAAGAAGUUAUUUACAAAUUUAUUGAUAUCAUUGAACCCAGUUUGAAAUUACGAGCUUUAUUAGCUUUAACGUUAUAUGGGUACAAUAAUUUGGAAAAUCAAUCGACUUUAAAACGAACGAAUGCGAUUCUUUAUGAUUCAUUUCGACCAUUCAUGGAAUCAUCUAAUUCAGCUCACGUGGCCACGGCUUGUUUUCAGAUGAUUGUUCUCACGCGCGUAAUCGCCGAAACAGAAGAUGAGCAAGUCGAACUGACAGCAGCAGCGAUUAAAAAGAUUUCCGAUCUAUUACUGGAAAACAACACAAGCUUAAUAACACAAAUUGCAAAAUAUGUUUCAUCGUUGGCUCGAAUUCGAACAGGUAUAACCGAUGCGUUUCUUUCAUGUGACAUUCAUAAACAUUUAAUCGAAAAACUUGAUGCACCGACUCUUCCGCAAAGCAGUGAAGAUGCAGGAGAUGCAGAUGAAAUGUAUCGUGCUUGCGCUGUAGCAAUCGGUACUUUAACCUACAAUAAAACAGCGUUUCGUCUACUUUAUAACUGCGUUCGUCGCCAUCCAAAACUCUAUGAUAAAAUCGUUGAAUAUGGGCAACGUUCAUGCAUGUCGCCUGAAUUUGUGCUUUAUUUCGAAAGUGAACGAGCUCAAGGCUUACCAACAGACAGUUUUCCUACGCAACGGCAUCUCUCGUCAUCUCGACCAACAUCUUCAGUCUAUCAUCAAACACCAACGAGCACACAUCAACCUUUGUCUCGUGUCAAAACUGCGCAGAGUCGUUUACAAUCAGUCACUCCAUCUCUGUAUGGUAAACGACGCUCAGCUUCACCGACAAAAACCGCUCAAACAUAA